AUGGCCACCGGCAAGAUCCAUCGGUCCAUGGGGUCCUCCAAAAUGGCCGAUGGAUUCCAGAGCAAAGUGGUAGCACCUCGUAAUCCGAAGCUAGUCAGAGAGGCAGAGGAGUCCGUAACUCUGACUCCCUCUGCCUUCCUGAAGGAGAUGUCUCUUACCACCGAGCAGAGGCUGGCCAGCACUCGGGAGAUGAGGUGGCCCCGGAUUAUCCAGCUUCUAGACAUGAGUGAAACCUCCCAUCAAAAGUUCUCAGCAGUCGACCUGGAACAGAGCUUGUUUCAGCCUUUCCCAUCAGAGGUGGUAUUUCAGAGCUACGUCCCCUGCGAGGUCUACGAAGUGCCACUGGUUCUGAGGAACAACGACAAGGUUCCUCGGCUGGUGAAAGUCGUCUUGGAGAGCUCACCUUAUUUCAAGUUGAUCAGCCCCAAUGCUGUGUGUCGCAAGGUAGCACCUGGCAUGCCUUCAACUUUCCGCAUCCUUUUCACCCCUGAGGAGAACAAGGAUUACUUCCACCAGCUCACCUGCAUCACAGAAAGGGAAAAGUUUAUUGUGCCAAUCCGAGCUAUAGGUGCCCGAGCUAUCCUGGACUUCCCUGACCAGCUGAACUUCUCUGUCUGUCCAGUCAAGUACAGCACCCAGAAAACUCUGCUGGUUCGCAACGUUGGUAAUCGGGAGGCCCGCUACUGCAUCAGCACUCAGAGCCCUUUCUCUGUCGAUCCCUCCAUCGGGACUCUUGGGAUUGGUGACACCAUGCAAGUAACAGUGGAGUUUCACCCGCUGAAGGCUGGGGAUCAUUCCAGAUCCCUGAUAGUUCACUAUGACACAGGUGAAGAUAUUCACACAAGCCUUUACGGAGCAGCUGUAGAUGUCAACAUCAGGCUAGACAGGAACUCCUUGACAGUUGAGAAGACUUACCUCACGCUGUCAAACCACAGAUCCGUGGUCAUCCACAAUCGAAGUGAAAUCAUAGCCCACUACCAGUGGAAGGCUUUUGUUACUCAGGAAGAGGAGGAUCAGCAGAAGCUGAGGCUGUGUCGCAGGCUGCAGAGGCAGGAAGAGGACGAGAUGGAUUAUUUUCUCAAGGAGUGCACGGUGGACCCCACUCUCCGAGAACGCCUUUCCCUUCUCUCCCGCACCUUCCAGAACCAGAGGGCAAAGGUGCAAGGAGACUCCAUGCUUUUCUCUGAUGAUAUCUUCACCAUUGAGCCUGUGGAGGGAGAUGUCUGGCCAAAUUCUUCGGCUGAAAUUAAUGUGAUCUUUAAACCCCGAGAAGCCAGAGUCUAUCAACAAACGGUCUACUGCGACAUCUCAGGCCGAGAAACGAGGCUGCCCCUGCGCGUCAAAGGGGAAGGCGUAGGGCCCCGGCUCUGCUUCAGCUUUGACCAGCUGGACAUCGGGAAGGUUUUUGUUGGAUCAGCCCACAGCUAUGAGGUGAUCCUGUUUAACAAAGGAGCCAUCGAUGCUCUCUUCAGCUUGGUCCCUCCAGUUACAGCUCUGGGCUCCUGCUUCACCUUUCUCCCCCGGGAGGGCAUCAUCUUGCCGGACGGGCUCCAAGUCAUCCAGAUCUCCUUCAGUUCCACCAUCCUGGGGCAGUUCACGGAAGAAUUCAGGUUCAGUGUGAAUGGAUCCCCUGAGCCUGUGACCUUGACUGUCAGGGGCUGUGUCAUUGGACCGACUUUUCAUUUCAACGUACCUUCCCUCCGGUUCGGUGAUGUCUCCUUUGGCUUUCCUCGCACCUUGUCGUGUUGCCUCACUAACACCUCCUUGGUGCCCAUGACUUUCAACCUUCGCAUUCCUGGAGACGGCUCGGGAGAGCCCAGCGCUACCAGUUUUGUUCAGAUGUCAGACAACACUCGCCCAUCCUGGAGGAGGGGAGCCCAAGGUCACGUCAAGCCAACCGAAUUUACCAUAAGGCCCUGCAGAGGGACCAUCCGCUCCCAGGGACUCCUGGAUAUCCAGGUUACCCUGUGUUCCAACACUGUGAAGAGAUACGAGCUGGCACUGGUGGUGGACGUGGAUGGUGUUGGCAAGGAGGUGUUGGCAUUGCUUCUCACAGCCAGAUGCGUAGUUCCUCCGCUGCGAGUGCUCAACCCCAUCGUGACAUUUGGACGGUGCUUUCUAAAAUUCCCUUAUCGGCAGAUGCUGACCCUUGUGAAUGACAGUGAUCUUCCAGGCUGCUACAGGGUUCUUCCUCAGGUUUGGCAUCGCGAUGCUGCUGUGCGGUACUCCAGCCCUGAGCCGUGUGGGAUCAUCCAGCCUCACAGCUCGGCAGAGGUCCCGUUUACACUGGAAGCCCAGGUGACAGGAGAGCAGCACACUGUUGCUCGUGUCGCUGUGUUUGGGAGUGAAGGAUCCCCACUGAAAAUCCAUUUAGUGAGCAUUGGAGAAGGACCAGUUGUCUACGUGCAUCCAAGUAAGAUAAAUUUCGGCAGUAUCCAAGUUCUACAAGAUGCUUCCCGAACUCUCCACCUCUCCAAUCAGACUGUCAUCCCUGCAUCCUUCUGGGCAGAGAUGGCUGGCAAAUGCUCACGCUGGAGGAUUGAACCCGGUAAAGGAGUGAUCCCCCCCGAGACCGAGGUGUCUGUGACUGUCAUAGCAAACUUGGAUGACACUGAGAAAUUCAAGGACGAGGUGAACCUGUUCAUAGAGAACAGCCAUACCUACGUCAUCCCUGUCCGGGCUGUCGGCAUCGGCACCACAAUUGUCACCGACAAACCCUUUGCUCCGGAGCUCAACUUGGGACCCCACUUCAGGUAG